AUGCCGCAGUCAGCCAAUAGUUCUCGUGGAAAAUCCUUCAAAGCAUUUCAGCUAGUUGUUGCCACGGCGGUUGUAAUGUUAUUUUUGCAAAAUAUACCUGUUUCUAACAUUCCUGGCUCUUAUGCUGUGGAAUGUCGGCAAACUUUUCCGGAUAUAAAACAUUCAACUUUGUACGAUUUUGUGAUGUUAUCCGGUACGGCGAACAAGUGGAUGAAGUUUGUCACAUUCGUAGCGACGGACCACAAACCUGUAGGUGUUGGAAAAACGUAUAAAGUCGUAUUAGACUCAAACAUAUUUGUGUUCAAAGUUAACGAACAUCAGCAAGGACAGUAUCUUGCACUGCAAAACAGCAAACGAAAUGAUCUGCUAAACCUACACAUUGAAAUACGCUUUACCAACACCUUAUGUAAACUCCCGGUGCAGUAUGUAUUUCCAACGGAAAAUUCAACGAGGUCAGCAGAAAGUACGCUUAAGAACACUUCAUGGGAAAUGCUUCAACAUAAUCACCUUUCAACUCGGCAAUGUGGGAGUGAGUUAAGCUUGAAUCUUUAUUCUCUACACGAUUCGUUCUUGUUUCAGAACACCAUCGGAGCACUGUUUCGAUAUUUUUUGAGUCGGCGACUCGACCGUAGCUUGUCCAACCUGGCUCACAUUUUGCCGCAUGUACAGCGUAUCGUUUCGUAA